AUGGAAGAUGAAGUAACGAUGAGGUGGGGCGGCAAACAGCCUACAGAGACAGCCUGGGAGCACGAGGACGACGCAUGGGCGUUCGAGAAACCCACCUACGAAUGGCAGCAGGAAUUCAAUCAAGGAGACGCCCCUGCCAUGCCCGAACUCGAGGCCGAGUUGUUUGGAGAAGAGAAUCGCAUCUUGUCGGGGAUCAAUUUCGACAAGUUCUCAAGAAUCAAUGUCAGUCGGAAAGGUGGACCCGAACGCGUCGAUCCUCUACAGAGUUUUGAACAGGCAAAGUUGCAUCCGAUUAUCCUCGAGAACAUCCAGCGUAUGGGAUACCUGGAGCCAACACCCAUCCAGAGGAACGCGAUCCCCAUCUUGAUGAAAAACUAUGAUCUUUUAGCAUGCGCGCAAACAGGAUCGGGAAAGACGGCAGCGUUCCUACUCCCAGUUCUAUCCAAGAUUUUGACAAAGAUGCAAAAGAACCCACCCGUCGCCCCUCUGCCCGGUGCUCGAAAAACCAAGGCCUCUCCUUUGGCAUUGAUCAUCCUCCCUACUCGAGAGCUCGGCAUCCAAAUCUUUGACGAAACCCGUCGCUUCACGUACAAGAGCCCGAUCAGACCGGCAGUGAUUUAUGGAGGGGCAGACCUUCGACGACAAAAGGACUAUUUGGCGCGUGGAUGCGACAUCCUUAUCGCAACACCAGGACGACUUGUCGAUGCUAUGGAGAGAGGAGCGGUGGCGUUGGACAAAGUCCGGUACUUGGUUCUGGAUGAAGCCGACCGGAUUCUGGAUUUGGGAUUCGAACCGACAAUCCGUCAGAUCUUGCUCUCGUCUGAUUUGACGAGGGAUGAGAGUUUGCAAUCCAUGAUGUUUAGCGCCACGUUCCCGUCUGAGAUCCAGGUCCUUGCGAGGGACUUUAUGAAUGACUAUUGCCGUCUGCGCGUUGGAAGAAUCGGAGGCACAACGACAGACAUUAUGCAAAAGGUGAUCAAGGUAGAAGAGUACCACAAAGAGGACACUCUCGAAGAACUCCUCCUCUCCCAACCGCCCUCGCGCACCCUCAUCUUUGUCGACACGAAGCGCAAAGCCGACUACCUCGACGAUGUCCUCUACAACAAACAUUUCCCCUGCAUCUCCCUCCACGGCGACCGGAGCCAACGUGAACGCGAGAUGGCCCUGGAAGCCUUUAAAGCUGGUCGGAGCCCCAUCCUGAUCGCUACCGCUGUCGCUGCUCGAGGACUGGAUAUCAAGGAUAUCAUGCAUGUCAUCAAUUAUGACCUGAGCGAUGAUAUUGAUGAUUACGUCCAUCGGAUUGGAAGAACGGCGCGUGCGGGGAACCCGGGACUGGCGACGACGUUUUACAACGAUCGGAAUUGGGGCAUUGCACCCCAGUUGGUGAAGCUAUUGAUUGAGUGCCAGCAAGAUGUGCCUGAGUUCUUGCAAGAGUUUAUUACCGACGACAUCUCGUAUGAGAAUGAUUUUGUGGACCCGGAUCAGAUUGACCUUUUGGAUUCCAGAGGAGGCAGCGAGGGAGGAGGAGAUGCUCACGACCAUGGUGGAUACGAUCAAGGGCAUGGUGGAUACGGCAAUGAUAAAGGAGAAGGAAGAGACGGCCUUCCCAAUUACGACCACGGCGGCCAUGGCCAUGUCCACGACCAAGGUGUCAAUUUCGACCAAACCCAUGGCGAGUACAGAGACAGCGACUCCAACAGUGGCUGGAAUGCUUCUCCUGCCUAUGGGAACAACAAUACUGGUAAUAGCAACAACAACAACAACAGCAAAGACAAUAGCCAGGAUUUCAACUUUCACUAG